AAGGGGUAUAUUUAAUCGUUACAGGCCCACAAUAGGAAGGAAUGUGUUAAAUAUUUUCUUACCUGUUCAAGAGUUCACCUGGGACGCAUAAGCCAAUCGAAGAACCUAGCUUGUAUCACGUGACUCACCUGAAUAGGACUUGUCAUAUCGGAGAAAAGGUGUACGUACAAGGCAGUGUUUAAACAUCGAUCGAUAGUUGGAUGUAUAAUUUCUUGGUGGAAACUAUAAAGUGUGUCGUUACAAUGAUGUCGUUAUAAAAGUCAUGGAUUACUUUACUCCAAAAACGUGUCCUGUAUUGGAAGAAACAAAUAUCUAAAUUUUUAAAAGAUAUUCUUGGACAACACGGAAAUAAAAUACAGAAGGAAGAAAUGAACUGAAACGAUUCUUGAUUGAAAUUUGUUGUCCAGCAAAAUGAGUCUGUUUGGUUGGAGAAAGAAUUUGUCUAUCAGUGACAAAGAACCUACGUAUAAAGUUCGUUACCUUGGAAACGUUCAAACUACAUUGAUGCGGGGUGAUGGUUGUGUUGAUAAACCCGUGACAGUGAUUUGGAAUAACUAUGUUCGGAGUUCACAUCCGGGAUUAGACAUGAAACUUACGAUUUCCAGUUCCGGAUUGCGUGCGCACACAAAGGAACAAGGAGUGACUGAAUAUAGAGCUCAUAGAAUAUCGUACUGCAUAGCUCAUCCUAAAUAUCCCAGACUCUUUGUCUGGGUGUAUCGGCAUGAAGGCAAGAAAAUGAAACUCGAACUUCGUUGUCAUGCAGUGUUGUGCAAAACGGAGGCAAAGGCCAAAGCAAUGGCUGUACAACUACAUGAAAAACUGAAAUUUGCUCUCAAAGAGUUUAUGCGAGAAAAGACGAGAAAACAAAAUUCCCGCUUAGUGUUACAAAGAACAAAUUCAGUACCUCAGUCAGGUGAGGUCUUGCCUAAGAGGACUCAAAUUUUGAGCGCUGGCAAAAAUUUCAAACCGCCCAUUUCAAAAUCAAAUACGGCUCCAAGACUAGGUGCAAUAAGUGAAGAUACAGAACAGGAUGAAGCGCUAGAGGAAGAAAGCAGCAGUGAUAUUGACGACAGUGACGAUGAGAAAUCGGAAUCGGACACUGUUAAAGCCCUGAAUCUGACAAAGGGACCCGAGGCUGUGAGUUCGUGCGAAUCCGGUUACGAUGGACUCGAGAUGUUGGUUCCUCGAAUUAUUGACCUAGAGAUAGGAAAUAAUCUGGAGGAACUGAAAAAUGACAACGAUGUGCAGUAUUGUUUGAUGAAUGGCGAUUCCGAUGAUGAAAGUUCGGAAUCGGGAUUUCAUGAACAGGACCAGGAUUCUAAGGAUGGACUAAAUGUUAAUGACGACACAAGUAUUGGAGAAGACGAAGUGUGCGACUUUCCUUCCGGUCUUGAGAAUCUUGUCGCGGAAGCAACGGAAGUGACUUCUCUUUGAUAUUUUGGGGAUUUUAUCAUCAGUGCUGAGAAAACUGCAGGUAAAUUAAUGGGACAAGAUUUUAAUAAUUCUUUUACAAGUAUAUGUCCCUCAUAUUAUUGUAAUCAAAGAA